GCGCGCAUGCGCGGUAUCGAGCCAUCAGGCCAUGCUGCAGAGACAGGCCAAUCGGGCAGUCGAGCUGUGAUGUCCGCGGUCGGAUGGGCUCAGCCGGAUGGGCGCGCGGCGAGGCGCGCGUAGCGGACGACUCCGACUUUGAAACCCUCAAAGGCCUUCUCGCUUCCGAAAAAGGCUGGACCUUGGAGUACGAAAAGGACGGCGUGAAGGUCUGGGCCGAGGACGCCGCUCACGGCGCGCUAAGAACCGUCAAGGUGGUAGCCGAAUUCGAUGAUGUGGAGCCGGAUGCCCUGUACGAUGUGCUGCACGACCCGGAGUACCGCUCCGUGUGGGACACGCACAUGCUGGCCGCCGAGGACGCGGGCCAUAUCAACGUCAACAACGACAUCGGCUACUACGCCAUGUCAUGCCCGGCGCCGCUCAAGAACCGCGACUUCGUGCUGCAGCGGUCCUGGCUGGACACUGGAGAGGAGAAGCUUAUUCUCAAUCACUCGGUCUUCCACAAGGACUACCCACCCAGGAAAGGAUAUGUCAGGGCCCUGUCUCUCCUCACCGGGUUCGUGGUGCGAACUCGGCCGGGCAACGGCGGCAGCUUGCUGGGCUACGUGUCGCGCUCCGACCCACGCGGAGCGCUGCCCGCCUGGCUUGUCAACAGGGUGACAGCUCAGCUGGCACCUCGGUUGGUACAGCAGCUGCACGCGGCGGCGCGGCGCUACCCCGGCUGGAAGGCGCUCACCGACUACCCUCACCACAAGCCAUGGCGCCACCCGGAGCAGGUCCCUGCCUAUCGGAUUAAGCUGGAAGACUGUGUCGAUCCUGACGCACCAGUGCCACCUGCUCAGGAGCCUAAACCAGAGACUUCAAAAGCCAAACUGGAGUUGCCACAGAAACAGAUAGAAAGUCAGAGUAUCGAAGACCUGGGAGACAUAUCAUCAGAAUUCAGCGUCGAGGUGGAAGAAGAGCCGGCGGACUUGAACCAAGACCCGACUAAAAAGAAGGGGAAGUUUUACAAACUCGUAAAGUCUAUGAAGAAUAGAAGAAAGAGUGUCCAAGUCGCUAAAAGUGCAGAUAAUAUUCUGGAAGGUAAACCCGAAGAAAAGGAAAAGAAAAAAGGGUUCAAGUUCCAUCGUAGGUUUAGCAUUAGCAGAGGACGGGAGGAUUGAGCUUAUUCGAGUUGUGAAUUCUGGUUACAGAACGGCAGUGUAGGUACGACUAGAUUUUAAACAGAACAACGUUUUAAAUAUCAGUCAAAAGGCUAGAAGUAGCUGAUAAUAAAAAUACGGUUAAAUACGAUUAUACGUAUGUAUAACUAGGUAGGCAAGUACUGUGUCGCCAACGUUACUGAAAAUGAAUAUGGUACUUUAAAUAAUUACCUAUCGCUAAACCGAUAUUAAUAAAUAAAUAACGUUUUACUCACGAGUUUCAUGACCUUCAAUUAUUUUUGUAUAAAAAUUGUGAGCAAGACAUUUGAUUAAAUUUAUUUGAUUAGCUACCUAUUUCUAGCAUACAAUGUACACGUCAUAAAAGAAACAAUCUCAGUUUGAGCUGAUAAGUAGGUAGGUACCUUCAUUUGGUGAUCUUCAAAUCUCAAAUAAUUUUGCACUUUAGGUAUUUCAAAGGUACAUUUAAUAAAAAUGACGAUAAAUACUGGUACCAUCUAAUUUAUUUACUAAAGUUGUUCUCCCUGAAAAAAAUAUAUUACCGUAUUAGACUUAAGAGCCAAUUUGAUCUUUACUUGCUCAUGGGCACGAUCUCGGGCCCGACGUCGGGCGAGUUGUUUGCAGUUUCAGGAAAUAUCAGCACAUCGUUAACAAUAUUCGAAAUGUGGAAAAAUAGUUCAAGUGCAAAAAUAUCAAACAUUUAAAAAUCUUGGCAAUUAGAGACAAACAAUUUUUACAUGUCAAAUAUUGUUAAAGAGGUUCUAGUAUUUUGUGAAACGGAAAACUAGGUAAAUCGGGCCCAUUAGCCAGUGUGGAUUUAAUUGGCCCUUUAGGUUUUUAACUUUUAGGGCUGAUUUUAUGAACUUAAAGUAUUGAUGCCUUUUACAUGUCUCUAAAAUCACCGAGACGAAAUGUGUAGAGCACAUUUCAAGAUUUAAUUUAAUAGUCACAUGAACCUAGUGGCCACCAUACAAUCGAAGUUACGCUCCCAUUUUAAAACGACAUUCUGAAAUAACAUGAAGAUUGACAUGAACAUUCAGGUUUUCGAUGCUACAAAUUGUAACACAAAGAAAUUUAGAGCUAGUAGAAGUUUUAAGUAUAGUUUGUCAAAGGACUGUCUCGUUUCAAACAUAGAGAUAAUCAUAUUAUCUUUGUCUUACACUAGUACUAGCACCAAAAAGAUAAAGGAUGAGUAUUGUUUUUUUUGUUCUUAUUUAGUGACAAAUUUUUCAAGAAGCCAAGUUUCAAGAAAUGUUGAGCUUGUCCUUGAAAUGAGAGCGUAACUUCGAUUGUAUAGUGAGCGGCUUUUUGGCGGCGGGUUGGUGUUACUCUUAAGCCAGGUUGGUGUUUAAUAAGUACCAACAGUUAAAUGGGAACUUUGAUGUGCAUUUUUAAAAUAUUAUAACGUGACAGAUAUUGUUUUUCUACCUUGUUGCCAAUUUUGUUUAUGAUUAACAAUACUAUUGUGGAUAAAUUAUUCAUAAUUACAAGAAUACAUGGCAUACUCCAUGAAAUGUAAACUGUAAAAAGUAAACAUCGUUACCUAUUGUUUAUCAUAAAAUAAUAUAGUCACAAAAAGAAAAAGUCACUUCUUUUGAUUCGUAGUUUAUUUUCAUGUGUACUAGGUACGCUGUCAAUGUUAUUUCGGAAAUGUAAGUAACUACGUUUUGGAUAUGUAACACAAUGCAAAAAAAUAAGAUUCAGAGCUUAUUCAGUAAUUUUGAUAAGAUGCCAGUUUGUAUGUCUGUCGAUGUUAAAGCGACUUUGUUGAUUACAUGUUGAGAUAGCUAGUGAUGUUCUAAAUAAAUAGAUAAUUUUACUACUUUCUAAGUAAGUCCUCGAUUAGGUUAGUUUUACAUUAUUCCGGAAUCAGAACUAUAUUUAUGGGAUAAAUAGAUAUAAGUAUACCUGCUGUUUUUCACAUUACAUGUUUUACAAUUGUCUUCGCUUAAAUUAAUCAAACAAUAACUUUUUUAAACCUAAAAUUGAGAGCAAGAGCCAUAUCACCAUGAUAAAAUAUCAUUUUUGUAGGACGUUAAAUAUUAGUCAAACAAAAAAAUCAAUAACCUAAAGAGAAUAUUUACAGAAAAUAGGACACUUACGAGUAUUAUGUAUAAAUAGGUAAACGUAAAUUAUUAUAUAAUGAUUUACAGACAGGAUUGAUGUUUACAUUUUUACAUUUUAUUCCAUUAAUUCUACGCAGAUAAAAAAAACUUGAGACGGUCUUCCUUGUAGAAUGUUAGAUAUAGAUUUCAAAGUACUAACAUUAAAAAGAUUAAGAAUGUCGUUAAGGCAUACAUGCAGUGUAUAAAGGGAGCCAUCUAUAAAAAAGUUCAUUGAUAUUGGGUUGAUUGAUUUAGGAUUUUUGUAUUUUUCCCGGGAUAGAGAAGCGGUCUAACAUACUAUUAUUGUAUAAAUGAUAAUUAUUACAAGGAGCUAUGAGAGCCCAAGGUAAUAUGACCUUCCGAAUCGUUGGCAUGAUUUUACAUUUAAGUAGUAGAAGUCCCAAACCUACAUUAAUUUAUUAUUGUAUUAACAUUUCAAAAUUGUAUAUGAUCACUAAUUUCUAUUGAUGAGGCAGCUUAGAAUUUAAAAAAAAAUUUGAUUAGAAUACUAUAUUAGAUGUAGAUGGUCCCCUUUAUGUCUUUAUUCUGGCAUUUAACCAACAUUUAUUUGGUGAAAUUACCAAAUUUUGUAAACAAAAAAACGUGUACAAUAUAUAUCAUACAAAAAGUUUAUUUGCUGGAUAAACUGGUAAGUACAAAAAAUUAAUCGUGCUCAUGUAAAAAGGUUUAAGUAGGUUUGUGUGUUAACAAUAGAUUUUUUUUCCUAUGUCGUCGAGAGAAUUCUAUGAAACUUACCUACAUAAAACAGACGGUCCACUGGAGAGCAAAGCGGCCAAAAUACAUAAGAUAGGAAUGUUAGCCCUGGUUGAGGUAAACAUUAAAUAUUAUUUUUUCACUUAUUAAAUAAACCGUGUUGUUUAUCGAAUUUAAACUAUUGUGAGACAUACUAACAUUAAAUAAUUUUACGGUUUAGACUUACUUGUUUUAGUCACUCGCGCGACAUGUUGUUGCGUUGUUUAUAUUUUUUUCAACACACUUGCUCAAAACUACGUUUUUAUUCCACCGCUUUUUGGCUCAUAAUCCUAGAUAUUAAACACGCGUGCUUUUUCAGUAUAUUAUAAUACUCGUACUUUUUUAUUAUAUUAUCCAACUGAGUUAAGAAGGUAACUGAUUGCUAAUAAUAUGUAUAAAAACAGAGCCUUCUUAAAUUGGUCGAUUAUCUAGAUUUUACCACGCGGACUUGCGUCCGGGGCAAGGGGCGGCAGGCAGUAUGACAGAUUACUGUUUUAAUUAAAAUUUGAUUAAUAUGAAAGUUUCUUUUUUUUCCUCGCAAGUGUGUUGAAAAACGUCGUAUGAAACGCGUGUCCAUUGGUCAUUACACACAUCGGCUUUCUUAUUGCGCGCUCGCUUACAGCUCGCGCGCACAAUAUUGCCUCGUGUGUAAUGACCAACUUAGAACACUUGUAUCACAAUGUACUAUUAUUAUUAUUUCGAACGAGCGAGCGAAGUGAAGUGAAGUUCAUCUUACAUUCAACUUGGAACACACGACCGGCUAGGGGCACGUACCGGCAUUUCGAUGUUUUUAAGCUGAACUAUCAGAGGAUAGUUUGAUGGACAAUAACUUAAGUAAAUUUGUUCUAAUUUAAAUGAAAUUGAGUAAACGUGUAGAUGCAGGCAGGAUAUUGUAGUCAUUAAAUUAUGAGCAGGCUCGAUUAAGGGGUUAUGAAGCUAGAAGAGCCUAGAAGGCCAAAAAGCUAUUUGUGAGGGGCUUUGCUAUUCUGGUCAUCUUAUUUGCAAGAACGUAUGUUCGAGUUUGGUUUCAAAUGAAAGUGCUCGGUUUACACAUUUAUAAUAUCGUUUUUUAAUGUACGAUAAAAAAUAAUCAAGAUUUAUAAAAGCGAACUAAAAUUAACAAAAUAGGUAGCUAUUUGACAUUUCACAAGAAAGAUUACGGGUUACCACAGAUACAGUUUAUUUUAAUCUCUAUGGGUACUUAAAUCUAUCAGUUAAGGGCUCCACAGACCUUGCAAUAAAUCCUUUGCCGACUAGGUAGGUGCAUUCAAUUGAUCUAACGUUUUGGCGAACCGCGAGUUCUCAGUUCGGGGCGAAAUACUAGGUAGUACUUACUAAUUAAAUAAAAUAGUCACAAGUAACAGAGCGGCUCUGCUUUCCAGUAGCUCACGCUGUAAUGAUAGCAAUAACCGUUUUUAUCUGUGAUAGUCUGAUAGUAUUGUGGUUUGUCGUUAUAAUUCCAAGUUCAAGGUCGAUCAUUAUUCCAACUAUGCCAUUGAGACGUGACGGACUAUUUGAAUCGUUCGCAAGAUCAUUAUUUUCUUUGGCCGGAGAAAAUUUAGCGUUAAUAAUAACUUAGGGUAUUCGCACUAUUUUACAAAAUCUUACUUAUAUACCUAUAUAUUGUUUUUAAAAUACUUUAAACAAUUUUAUUGCCAAUCAGUGAAUAGCACAAUCGGAUUAAGUCUAACCUCGAAAUCCUUCCAAAGUUAUGAAAUUUGGUAUGUAUGUUAAUUAAAGGUCUCUUUUUCAUGUCCACACUAUUUGACAUUUGGGGACCUCGAGGAUUCGCAGCCGUCUUGCAAAAAUGUGUAAUAUCCUGGAGAAAUUUGCGUUUUACUCGAAAUAUACGUCCUCUAUGAAAAUAUGGUGUAAGGCAACAUUAAAGCUUAUUAAAUUCUAUACAAAACAGUCCUAGAUAUCUUUGCGGAAAAAAUACAUCUUGUUAUAGAAAAUAAUAGCUGAAUCCAGAUUUAGCGCUUAUACCCUUUCAGGGGAUAUUCUCUUAAUAUGAAACUUGGAGGAAUAUGAAUUCCACUUUUGUCCAUACAUUUGUACACGUUCUACCCCAAUAUCAACAUUUUACUCGACUGCGACUUAAACAGAAAGUAGGGUUAUGGGUUUAAAUACUGAAAAUCAGUACACCCUGUAGGUCAGGAUACUGGACGGUUUUUUUUAAAUGGCAUAUCGGUAGAUUCCUCUUGCCCUUCACAACCUGUUUACACUUGUUUUAUUAAAGAAAAAUCAAUACAGCCGCCUUGAGAGGAUGCCGAAUAUUAAAUCAUAUUUUUAUUUCUAGCGCCUAAACUAUUGAGUGGAUUUCAAUAAAAUAAACAUCAGUAGAUCCAUAAUCGGUACACGAGUGAUAUGCAAUACAAAUUUACUAAAAUAAAUGGAGGAAAAAUGUUUGUACCUUGUAUUUUUUUUAAUACCUUUCAAAAAAGGAGAUUCUCAAUUUGUUGAACCUUUUUUUACAAUAUUGCGUCUAAUUUUUGGCUAAUUGUUUCGUUUUUACUGUAGUACUUGUACCUACUUACGUAAAAAUGUCUUUAGUGGCAUAUGCGCACACAAGACGAAGAUAUGCGGGUAGAAACACGCAAAACCCUUCUGAAUAAAAUAAAUACCCAUAUUUUAACAAAUCUGAAAGCGGGCUGUUUGUUAAAAUGUUAUGUGCUUUAUUGACAGCCUCAAAAUCAGUGGUACAGAAUUAAAGGUCCCGUUUUCCGUUUUGUUAUAGGUCUAUAUUUUAUCAAAUGUGUGCCUUUCUCUAUUUACUGUCUUAACGCUUAAGUAUAAAUAGCUUGUUCACGUUGUAUUCACUUUAAUCAUACCCCUAACUUUACAUUAAUAUAGUAAAUAUUAAGAUAUAAUAUAAUUCGCUCCUAUUGAAAACCGAUAAAAGUAGGCAGAAAAUUGGAAAAUAGUCCAAUUUUCAAGAAAUCACUUCUUUCUUCUUGAGUUAACAUUCGUUACACUACUAACAGUAAACUACUACUAACUUAUUACGAAAAUCGAUCAAAAUGAACCUAAUCAAUUUCAUCCUCGUAAUUAACAUUGAAAAUUAAAGUUCGUCUGCGACUUGUAUCUUUUUGUUUCUAUUUUACUAAUAACUGGUUUGAGCAAACUAACCAGUUUGAGGAAUAAAACGUAUUUUGAGAGAAGAAAGUAGUAAGUUGAGUAAUAGUUAAUCCUGAGAAAAAAAGAACAAACAAUUUUGUUAGUCUAAUUGACUACUAGCACACAUUUUGAUGUAGGUACCUACUUAUACUAUUUGGGUAUAUACAUACAUAUUUACUUCACAUACCUACAAAAAAGUACUAAAUGCAUGACGUACCUAAGUUCUAUUAUUGUAAAGGCUCAAUUUUCAGUAGUAUUCUGAAGGGAAUUUAUGUAAAGUAUCACGCGUUGUGUAUGCACUGUUAAGAAAUACUAGAGGCGUAUUUAGAUUUAUUUAAAUAUGAUUAUGAUUUGAUAUUAAAUUUGGAGCGAGCGAGAUGAACAUAUUUUUAAAUACGCGGCCAGCACUCGGUAGAUAAAUCUAUUACCAACUUAUUAUUUUCUUAAACUAUAAUUUCUUCAACGAAAAAAGUCACUUUUGGCACUGACAGAUCAGUAUCAUAUAGGAAUCAGAUCUAAUAUCUAAAACUCGAAUUGGCCUGUAAGUAUUUACAAAAUCGAUAAUAUACUCGUAAUUUCUACCUGAGUGGACCGGUUUUAAAAAUUCGUAAGUACGUGUAUUUAGUUGAGUGACAUUUUAUUGAUUUUAAGCAAGAUCUUAUAAAUAAUAUAAUUUAUGUAACAUGUACGUGGUAUGUAUGGUACAUUGUGCCAACAGGUUAAUUCUAAGACGAAACUGACUGCGGUUUGUAUUUAGCUAAAUUUAUUUGUGAUAACCGACUUUUAAAAGUAGGAAGAGGAUUUUAAUUACUCGAAAUAAAUUUUUAGUAUAGAAGGGUGUCAAGUAGUAGGUACCUACCCAGAAAUGAUUCCAACUUUCAAAUAUAUAGCGGAGAGGCAAAGGAGACAAGACCGACGGAAACGCUGCAUACUGUUUCUUUUUUUAAACCGCCUAUGUGUUGCCUUUGUCAGAUAUAAUAGGUACACUAAUAUUGUAAAAUUUCUUCCAUGUCUUAUUAAUAAAGAGGUUAAUCUUAUAUCAUGUUACUUAUUAUGUGCAACAAUUAUCAACAUAAUCAUAAUGCUUAUAUCUAUAUGCUCUGUUUGUUGAAGAAAUUAGGUGUGACAACACUUGACCUGGUUAAGGUUUAUUUACAGGCUUUGUUGACACUAGUUGUAAUGCUAAAUUUGUAUUGUAAAUAUAUUAUAUGAUGUUAUAUUGAGA